AUGAAUCCGAAUCUGUCUAUUAUCCCCCGAAGAAUCUGUUGGCAAGGCAUCGUCCAUGCACUCGAGGCCCCUCAGAACCCGUAUAGCGUCACAUCAGAAACAGCUCCCGAGCGCAGCAGCAGCCAGCAUGUAUGGUCCAACCAUGAUCUCGACCCAACCGAACCUGCCCAUCGAACCUGGACGUGGUUACACUAUACAUCCUUUUGGCUCGCCUCUUCGUUUGCAACUGGCACUUGGACAACUGGGAGCGCGAUGAUUGCUCUGGGAAUGCCAUGGUACGCCGCGUGGCUCGCCGUGGUUGUUUCACACAUCAUCGGCGCCGUACUGCUCGUCGCCAAUGGUCGAGGGCCAGCAGCAUACCACAUCGGUUUCCCUGUCUACGCCCGUGCCAGCUUUGGCAUGUGGGGAAGCUACUUUGCAAUUCUGUCACGCUGCGUCGUCGCCGCCAUAUGGUUUUCUGUAAACUCUUUCUAUGGCGCCAACUUUGUUUCCAUCUGCCUCCGCUGCAUCUGGCCCUCCUGGCACAACAUUCCCAACAACAUCCCCGUCUCCGAGGGUAUCACUACGCAGACUAUGGUCGCGCUCUUUGUCUUCUGGGUUCUCUCCAUGCCGUUCAUCUUUAUUCACCCGCGCAAUCUCAACUGGUAUUUCGUCGCCAAGUCAUGCAUGGUUGCCCCGGCUUGCUUUGCGGUGUUGAUCUGGGCCAUCGUAUUGAACGGGGGCUCCAUUGGGCCGAGCUUCCAAGUUUCCCCUAAGAUCAGCAAUCCUGGGUACUACGGUAGGCUCUGGAUGAGUGCCCUGAACUCCGGUUUUGGGGGUUGCUCGGCGCUUAUUGUGGCUCAGGCAGAUAUCGCUCGAUGGGCUCGGAAGCCGAGUGACCAGUCAUGGUCGCAGUUGCUCACAUAUCCGAUCUUCAGCGCUCUUCCUGCGCUGUUCGGAAUUUUGGUGGCCAGUGCAACUUCCAAUGUCUGGGGAAAGGCCUACUGGAACUUAUGGGAUGUUCUGGGCGAGGCACUUGACUACUACCAGACGAGCCCUGCAUCGAGAGGGCUUGUGUUUCUCGCCUCUUUCGCUUUUGCCGUGGCAAUUCUCGGCACCAACGUAGCUGCAAACUCUUUGCCUUUCGGUUCCGACAUUGCAGGUCUUUUCCCUCGUUGGAUAAACAUUCGAAGGGGUCAGGUUCUUUGCGCAGUGCUGACAUUCCCAAUCGUUCCGUGGCGCAUCAUCAAAAGUGCGAAGAGCUUGCUGACCUUUCUGUCCGGAUAUUCCAUCUUGAUGGGACCAUUUGCUGCUAUCUGCAUCGUCGAUUACUUCUUUGUCGCCAACGGUAACUUUUCCAUCACGGAACUGUACGUCGGCAACGAGAGUUCCAGAUAUUGGUACUACAAAGGCUGGAAUAUACGCGCAAUUGCCGCAUGGAUCCUCGGUGUUGCAUUACCUUUCCCAGGGUUUGUCGGGGCCUUCGGUACGGUGAACAUCACCUCUGGGGGGACACAUUUGUGGGAGAUGGGAUACCUUCUCAGUGUUAUUGUGAGCGGGCUGGCCUAUUAUGCACUGAGUUUCUGGUUUCCUCCGGCUACAAAGGGAGUCGAAUCUCGGUUUGAAACCAUGGCUCAAGAGGUUGACAUGGUCUUAGAUGCCCACGAAAUUGUGGACCAUAGUCUUGACCAGAAAGAAGUACAGGAUGAGAAAAGAAAGUCAGUUGUUGUCUAG